CCCGCAGCCUCCUCGCCCUCAACCCACCACCCACCCCCACCCUCGCACCCUCCCAGUCCAGAGAGACACACGUUAUCAGGGAGGCAGCCGAAGGGCCAGUCAUCUCCUCACAUCUUUUCUGCAUCUACCACAAGCCCCUUUAUCCGUCCUGUAUGGUGGAUAUUAUUUUCAGCUCUUCUUUCUUGGGUGAUAUGGGGGAUCAUUCCAAAAAGAAGCCAGGAUUCGCGAUGUGUGUAGGAUGUGGAAGUCAGAUCCAUGACCAGUACAUACUGAGAGUCUCUCCCGACCUGGAGUGGCAUGCAGCCUGCCUGAAGUGUGCAGAGUGCAGCCAGUACCUGGAUGAGACCUGCACUUGUUUCGUCCGGGACGGCAAAACAUAUUGCAAAAGAGAUUAUGUAAGGCUGUUUGGAAUAAAAUGCGCAAAAUGCAACCUGGGAUUCAGCAGCAGCGACUUGGUGAUGAGAGCUCGGGAUAACGUGUACCACAUCGAGUGUUUCCGGUGCUCGGUGUGCAGCAGGCAGCUGCUGCCGGGGGACGAGUUCUCCCUGCGGGAAGACGAGCUGCUGUGCCGGGCGGACCACAGCCUACUGCUGGAGAGGAACUCCGCAGGAAGCCCCAUCAGCCCCGGACACAUCCACUCCAACAGACCGCUGCACCUGGCAGACCCGGUCACGGUGCGGCAGGCCCCGCAUCGGAACCACGUCCACAAGCAGUCUGAGAAGACGACCCGGGUCCGGACGGUGCUGAACGAGAAGCAGCUGCACACGUUGCGGACCUGCUACAACGCCAACCCGAGGCCGGACGCGCUGAUGAAGGAGCAGCUGGUGGAGAUGACCGGCCUGAGCCCCAGGGUGAUCCGGGUCUGGUUCCAGAACAAGCGCUGCAAAGACAAGAAGAAGUCCAUCCUGAUGAAGCAGCUCCAGCAGCAGCACCACAGUGAUAAGACUGUAAGCAUCUUCAACCUGCAGGGUCUCACAGGGACACCUCUUGUGGCCGGGAGUCCUAUCCGUCAUGAGAGCGCCGUGCAGGGGAACCCAGUGGAGGUUCAGACCUACCAGCCUCCAUGGAAAGCCCUGAGUGAGUUCGCCCUGCAGAGCGACCUGGACCAGCCAGCCUUCCAACAACUGGUGUCUUUCUCUGAAUCGGGCUCUCUCGGGAACUCCUCGGGCAGCGACGUGACUUCUUUGUCCUCUCAGUUACCGGACACCCCCAACAGUAUGGUACCCAGCCCGGUGGAGACGUGAAACGGGGCCCCUCAGACCUGUCGGUCCCCCUCUCCUGCAAGGACAGUUGCAGCAUGAUCCCGGUCCCCUUGCAUGUGACCAGCUCAUCACAUCGCCCAAACUACAGAGAGGAGAUUUUUGUUUUUCUUUGUGACAUGGAGGAGAUGGAACCAAGAAAGCACCGAUGACUCCGAGUUAUUUUUUUUGUGGAGCUUUCAUUGACAAAAAAACUAAAGCAGAACAAUUGUUGCAUGAUACGGAGAAAGCAGAUGUACAGAAGACCUCCUGAUGGAUAUAUACAGCAAACCUUCCCUCUGAAAAUUGGAAACAUUUCCAUGUCGAAGCAGAUGGACAUUCUGCGGUUUCAUUGUGAUCAUAUUGUGUCUUGUUUCUUCAACAUGAGAAUUUUUUUGAUACAUUUAUUGCGUUGUCGAGUCCCGUUGACUCUUUGUCUUAAGGUCAGAGCAUGAUAAUCUGCAAAUUAUUCGUGUUGUAAAAUACUUUAUCUUAAGGGCAGGUUGUUUGAGCUUCUCGAACACAAAGUAAAUUAUUGUUAUAUUAUUUAUUGUUAGGAAAGCGAUUCGUAAAGGGAUUAAUAACUGAUAAAAAAAAAUAAAAAAGCUGAAUACAUAUAUUACGUGUCUGGAUGACCAAUGUUUGUGCAGGCGCAUUUUUCUUUUUUCUUUUUUUUACCUACUCUCACUUUUUUUUGCAUUUGCAAGCCAAUAUCGUAAUUUAUUUAAAAAUGCAGCUCUGCCAUUAACAACAACUGUCCAUAUUUUAUUGCAAAACUAAGACGAGAAACGAACUGAUUCCACAGAGCUAUAAUUACAUUUUGUUUUCCACCGCUCUGAUGGCGACAAAGUCAAAUUCACUGUCCAGAUCCGACGCUGCAACAGAUCGUUACUCCUCAAGACAGCGGGUCAUUUCUGAUUUGGGACACGUGCAACAAUAAAGCUUCUGCAGGACAGUGGCCGAUUUGAGGAGCAGAUUCAAAGCGUUUAAAAACUAAAACAAAUAUUCAUGCAGUUGCGCUGGAUAUGUUGUUUGUCCUGUUCAAACUGUAUCAAGUUGGCCUGCCUGAAUUGAAGCCUGGAGGCUCGGUUGUCUUAUCACCCCCCCCCUCCAUCUGCGGUGCUCUCCCCCUCGGUUAUGUAGCAGGACUCGGCCAGUGGUCAUUUACUAUCUCGGGGGCAAAAACCUGCUGUAAAUUGUGCUCAGUCCAGUUCCUCUGGUUGAGUCACAAGCUGGUCUAGACAGCGCGGAGGGAUCGGCGACCUCUUAUCUAGUCCUGGCAUCACCUGCAAGCGAUACACUGACUGAAGCCACAACAAACUAACUAAACACCCCCCCCCCUCUAUACAUACACACUCUCCCCCAAAGCCCCUCGUAUGUGAGGGGAGCAGAGAGCAGCUCGUAAAGGGUCACUUCUCCUCCUCGGUUUAUUUUCCUUGAGUGAAUUGCGUUAUUGCGCACGGGUCAGCCGAGAUGACAGCUCAGGCUAAAUGAACUGACCUCCUUUACACUGUGUGCAGGACAAAACAAAGCUGCCAUGUAUGCACUGAGAGUCUGCUGAGACACUUGUUUUUCCAGAUACAUAUAGGUCAUUUAUUUAUUUUCUUGAGUGAGCACAGGAGCAUGCUCUCUAAAUGUUGCUUAUCAUGUCAGGAGUGGGAUAAUUUAAUAACGUCUUUGAUUCAGUUUUAGAGAAAAAGGAAAAGGAAAACGCGUUUUUAAUUGCAAGAAAAUAAUUUUUAAAAUAUGUUUAAGUCUCAAAACAAUUCUUAAAACAAAUUAAAUAAUCCCAAGCUCUGAUUUCAAUCCUUACUUGAACAAAACUGACGUUAAUAAUUCACCAAAUUAUUACUGACCUUGUUUUCAUAUUAGAUCGUUUUUGGCUGUGAAAAAAUGAUACAAAAAAAGUUAUUUUAUCAUAUUUUUUUUGUGUCUAGUACACGGACAGCGUCUUAAUCCGAAGUUUGAAUGACAACGGGCUGAUAAUAGAUUUGUAAUUGAGCUAUUUCAAAUAAGAUAAGCAAACAAUGCGAGCAGAUUAAGAUAACAGAGAUAAGAGAAGAAUAACAAUGGCGCUUACAGACAAGAAUGCAGGCCUAUUAAAUGUCCUGCAGCACAAAAUCAUUGUGGGGCCAUAUAUGUUUCCAAAACAUCUAAUUUCCAGCCUGGAUACUGUAUAUAACUCAUCCCCCAAAGGCUCAAGAUAAAUAACAUUAAAAUAAUAUGCGUGUGAACUGAAACGAUAUUUAGUAUUACUUAAAAAAAAUGAUCCCAAUGUCAUUUUUAACCCUUCAGUUGCAGGCAACAAAACAAAGCUGCAAAAAGAUUUGUGAACGUAUUAAAUAAAAUAAGCUUUCAUUUAGAGAGCUGCAACAUCAAUAUGAAUAUAAGGAAAUAAAAAACUAAGAAGAA